UUCGAUUUGAGUUUCAUUUUCUUGUUUGUUGUGCUGGCUUGCUCUGCACAGUCUGCUCAUUUCUAGGGUCGUCGCCUUUUCUUCAUCGCAUUGGCAGCCCAUCGCAGCCUUUGGCCAAGCGUUCGCUCAUCAUGGCGACAAUCUACCACCAGGUGACGAACCCAGAGGCCGUACCCAGUGCAGGCACCAAGGAGACGUUCUCUCCACAAAAUGGUGUGUCCAGCACCGGAGACAAGGAGACGUUCUCUCCACAAAACGGUGUCACCAACGGUGUCACGAACGGUUACACUAACGGCACGGGGGAUGACCUGGAGAAGAGAGAAAAAGAUAUCAUCCCUCCAUCCACCCAGCAACAGCACUCCGGCGACCUGGAAAAGAAACAGACCCUCGCACCCACAAAUGAUCUCGAAGACGCUUCGCCUAUCGGCAGCACAGAUCCUCUUGAACUAUUGAGGAAGAUCCAAAUCGACGACGACGCGCAUCCCGUCCGCUGGCCAGUGUGGAAGAAAUGGGUCAUCGUCGUCGUCUACUGCAGUCUGCAGCUCUUCGUGACUCUGACUUCGACAACCUACGUCUCGGUGGAAUUUCUGAUCCAGGAGAAAUGGGGUGGAAGCUCGCAGAUCAUCACCCUCGGUCAAUCCAUGUUCAUCGUCGGAACCGCCGUCGGACCUGCAUUUUUGGGUCCAUUGUCCGACAUUGGUGGUCGAAAAUGGGUCUACGUGGCUGCCAUCCUGAUGUACGCCAUACUGAACAUCGGCACCGCACUCGCAGACAACUUCCCCAUGCUGGUCAUUUUCUGCUUCCUGACCGGUUGCGCUGGAUCGGUCGCUCUUAACAAUGUCGCCGGAACGAUUUCCGACCUAUUUGGCGACGCCGACGACGCAGCACAACCGAUGGCUCUGUUCGUGGCGAGCGCCAACUUCGGACCUAGUCUGGGUUCGCCAAUUGGCGAAUGGAUCGCCGAAAACCCCAGCCUCAGUUGGCGAUGGAUCUUCUACAUCAACAUCAUCAUCGGCGGCGCGUACGCCUUGCUCCUGUGCUUCUUGCCCGAGACUCUUCCUCGCAUCGUCAUUUCCAAAGCCGUCAAACGACGAGGCAGUGUCGACCAAAACGCCGUCGAUAUCGCCCUUGGUUCAAGCAGACUUUCCGUCAUGAGGGAGUUGAAGUUUGUCGCGACCAUGGCCCUGCGCAUCAUGCUCACAGAGCCCAUUGUCAUUUCAUUGGGAUUGUACAACGGCUUCGCCUACGGUCUCCUCUUCUUGUACCUUGAUGGAGUUUUCGACGUCUUCGUCUUCAACAACGGUCUGAGCUACAUUGGCGCUGAUCUGACCUAUCUCAAUUUCUGUGUUGGUGUCACCGUCACAUUCAUGUUCGUCCCCGUCCAGACAUACCUCUUCCGCCGCGACCGACUCAGGCACGGCCGCCACCGCCCCGAAGCGCGAUUCUUGGUCUCCCUCGUCACCGUCUGGCUCUUCCCAAUAUCCCUGCUAUGGUUUGCUUUCACUUGUGACGGCACCGUCUCAUACUGGUCCUGCGUCGUCGCAGGUGGUGUCCUCGGUUUCUGCGACCCGCUCCUCUGGCUCGCCAUGCUGAACUACAUCACCGAUUCGUACCCAAACGUCGCGGCCAGCGCCAUCGCCGCCUUCCUGAUUCCCAGCUUUUUGAUCGCCGCUGGUUGCGCGCACGCCGGUGUCGCCAUGUUCGCCAACAUGAACACCAAGUGGGCGUUCGCCACGUUGGGUUUCAUCAGCUUCGGACUCGUCGCCCUCGUCUACGUUCUGUUCUUCUUCGGACCUAGACUGAGAAAGUGGAGUAAAUUGGCCAGAACGUUUGAUGGGGAGAAAUAGGUCUGAGACCGCAUGCUGGUGUUUCGGCAGAGUUGGGCUGGAACCGCAAGAUGAUCUUUAGCGAAAACGGCAAUAUUUGGUCGCUGGGGCUUGCUAAGAACAGUUGGAUGCAACUACCCGAUAUCCAACUGGAGUUCUUCGUAUACAACAUUAUACCUUUAAUCCUGGAAUUCUGGAGGUUACUAUCUCCCAUUGCAAUUUCUAGUGAUCUAUUGUCAUGGCAAUCACUGUCAUGAAGGUGUUGGACUCUCACGUCUUAGUUCCUCG